AUGGCUAAUAGUCUUGAACAACUUCGUCAGUCAACAAUCAUUGUUGCUGAUACUGGUGAUUUUGAAUCAUUAAAAAAAUAUAAACCAACUGAUGCAACAACAAAUCCUUCGUUAAUAUUAUCAGCUGCUAAUAUGAAACAAUAUGAUCAUUUAAUUGAUGAUGUUAUAAGUAAAUGUCGAGAAAAAUCGGCAUCAAAAUCCGAUGAACAAGCUCUUAUUCAUGAUAUUAUGGAUAAUGUUUUUAUUCGAUUUGGUGAAGAAAUUCUUAAAAUAGUACCUGGUCGUGUAUCAACUGAAGUUGAUGCUCGUCUUUCAUUCGAUUGCCAAGGACAAAUCGAUAAAGCUCGACAUUUAAUUGAAUUAUAUGAACAACGUGGAAUAUCUAAAGAUAGAAUUUUAAUUAAAUUGUCAUCAACAUGGGAAGGUAUACAAGCAGCUAAAGAAUUAGAAGAAAAACAUGGUAUACAUUGUAAUAUGACAUUAAUAUUUUCUUUUGCUCAAGCUCUUGCAUGUGCUGAUGCACAAGUUACAUUAAUAUCACCUUUUGUUGGACGAAUUUAUGAUUGGUAUAUUGAAAAAAAAGGUAAACGUGAUUAUGAUAUUCAAGAAGAUCCUGGUGUUGUAAGUGUAACACGUAUUUAUAAUUAUUAUAAACAAAAUAAUAUAAAAACAGUUGUUAUGGGUGCAUCAUUUCGUAAUACAAAACAAAUUUUUGGUUUAGCCGGAUGUGAUUUAUUAACAAUAAGUCCAAAAUUACUUGAUGAAUUAGAAGGAGGAAAUGAAAAAAUUCAAGUUUAUUUAAAUAAAGAACAAACAGGACAUGCACAUGAUAAAAAACAUGAUAAACUUGAUGAAAAAACAUUUCGUUGGAUGUUAAAUGAAGAUGAAAUGGCUAAUGAUAAAUUAGCUGAUGGUAUAAGAAAAUUUGCAGUUGAUGCUCAAAAACUUGAAGAUCUUAUUCGUGCUCGUCUUGAAAAAAGCAAAUGA